UGCUACCAUGGUCUAAUGCACACUGUUACCGCCAGAUCAUUAUUAAAGUGGUUUCACUGCAGUUGCCGAUAGAUCAUCAUCUGUGGCAAUACAACCUAGUGUGGGUCUUGGCCUCCCCAUUUUGGAGGUUACUUAAUCGGUUUUCCUUGGACGAGUAAUAAGCCCGUCGCAAGGCAAAAGUAAAGUUGUCCCACUAUACGCCAUGUAGGCACUUGGGGGGGGAGGAAAGUGUAGCUUCUACUCAUUCUUAACCUCGGCACUAGAUGGGGGUGGGUGGUCAGCGUUGUCAAUAGAUAGCAGCACAAUAUGUAACGUCAUACUCCACAUGCGUUGCCAACGUUUGGCAUUGAGAUAGCUAUGUGGUGGUAGCAUGGUUUCUUGGUAUUGUCUGUGGUGCACAAUAAAAAUGCAAUUUUUGUCCGUCUUUAAUAUUCUUAAUACUUCUUUGUGACUGCUAUAGUGUACUUUAUUAGACAUAAGAAUUUAAUAAUAUUUCAAAAUAAAAAACCCCAGACGUACUGAUGACAUUUUUUAAUUUUUCGCACGAUAAAAUGUUUUAAUGUUUAUUUCGCCGAUGUUGGUAUAAGUUUGAAUAUCAGUGAUGUUUGCUGAUGGUUGGAAGUCGACGUGUCCCGGCAUCUGAUUUGCUUAACAAAAAAUGAAAAUAGUUUUUUCAGUUGGAGUAUCGUUUGUGGUGCUGAUUGGAGCACUGGCAUGUGUCAGUGAUGGUGCUACGACGACAGCGUCGUACUUGUCAGCUUCAGAUAGGAUCCGAUUAAAACAAGUUCUAAGUGUUGGUUGGGAUCUUACGGAUCUACCUUCUGUCCAUUAUGCCGUGUUAGGUUAUAAACUUCUGGGAGAAGCAGUACCAAAACCACAGGAAGUAUGUAAAUUUCUCCUUGAAAAUAUUGGGAAUGGUAUUGGUACACCAGAGUUACUGUAUUAUGUGACCAAUGCCUGGAAGUCUUUGGCAUCUUGUGGAACCCUACCUGUUGCCAACAUUGUCAAGAUCCUUGGAGAAGUGUUGGAACAGGAGACAUCAACAGUGCCUGACCUGUUCUUUGCUGUUCAGGCCCUCAGUAAUGUGGGGCAGAAGAAAGGUGAAGCUUCCAAGCUGAUUAAAACUUUGCAAGGAGCUCUGAAAAAAGAUGACAGUUUGCUCAACCUUGGAUAUUCAUUUCACAUUGCUGCUCAGUUGGGCACAGAUGGUACAUUUGCAUUUGACCGCAUUGAGGAUGCCGUAGUACAAGCAGAUGAAGUAGACAGCCGAUUCUUGCAGUUUGAAGGAGGACUCAGUAUCACAGCAUUGCUAGUGAGUGGAGCAUACAAAUUGGCUGACACAGUGAAGAAGCCUCCACCAAUAACUGGUGAUCAGGCUGUGAAGUUUGCUAACUAUUUUCUCAGUCGCCGUUCUGUGCAGACAGCCAAAGGAGCUUACAGCCUAUUGGAAGUUGUCAAUACACUUACAAACAACAAGUUUCACCUGCCAGUGGCCAUCACCCUUGCCAGCCAGGCAGCUGUAUCACUGGAACAGCCCCGUGUUUCGGUGCGUGUCAGUGACCUCUUGGGUAAACCUCUGAGUGCUGAUCCACUGACUGUGACUGCAGAGAGUGCCACCAGGGUUGGGGAUGAAGUUGUAGUUCUUUCCAAGAAGAAGUUUGAGCCGACUUCUGGUGACAGGACUGUGUACUCUGUGAACAUCAUGGAGACAAAACCAGAACGAGGUUUAUACAAGCUCUCAGUAAGUGCUGCAUUGGCCAAACCAGAUCCAAGACUUGUUGGUAAUGUAGGUGCAUCUCUAACUGUGAAGGUUAUGUGUGCCAUUGGUGUGGAGAAUGUGGAGGUUGGGACAGUUGAUGCUGAUCAGACCACACAAGCUAAACUAGCUAAGGUUGCUUACCCAAAUAAGCUUCCAGUCUCAGUGGAAGCAGAUUCCCUUCAGAAGUUGAUUAUGAAGUUUUCCCUUAAGGACAAGAGCACAGGGAAACUGAUGACUGUUCACCAGGCAUUUGUGAAACUUCAGAACCUAAAUACCAAUCAGGAGAUAAUCUUUGUUGCAGAACAUGACUCCACAAAAAUGUACAAAUUUGAUAUUGAUGUGGGAAGCAAAGCAUCUGAAUUUGGACACUUGUCUGGAUUGUACUCCAUGGAGCUAAUUGUUGGUGAUGCUGUACUUUCCAAUUCCUUUUCAUGGAAAGUUGCAGAUGUCAUUCUGAAAUUUUCUGACAGUGUGCCAGCACCAAGUCCAGGAAAGGACCAAUAUUUGUAUGCACCACAACCUGAGAUUAAGCACUUGUUCCGAGAACCAGAACGGCGUCCUCCAGCUGUUGUGUCAAAUUUGUUCACAGGUCUGGUUCUUGUGCCUCUUCUCCUGCUAUUUAUUUUGUGGGCCGUGCUGGGAGUUAAUAUCUCCAAUUUUCCACUUUCCAUCAGUGCUCUUGGAUUUCACCUAGGACUAGGAGGCAUCUUUAUACUGUUUGGAAUAUUUUGGCUACAGCUGAACAUGUUCCAGACAAUCAAGUACUUAUUAGGAAUUGGAGUCGUAACCUUCCUUUGUGGCAACAAGCUCCUUGCAAAGAUUGCUAGUGAUCGCAAGCGUCACUAGUUACUUUUUUCAUGACUUUGUCUGUGUAAAGUUGAGUUAUAAGUGGCAUGAAUGCAGGCACUUCAGAGAGAAGAAUCAGGUGAAAGUUGGUUAUAUUAUAUCAUGUUGGUCUCAUUUGCAUCAGUGAAAAUUUCCCUCAGCUGUGUUUGGGUAUAAUAUACAAAAAAUUUGUGAAGAUAAUUUCAACAGUUACUGUAAUACUCUGAAAGAUAUGUUACUCCUUAGUGACAGUUGCAGUAACUGUCUUAUUGUUGAACUUCAACAGCGGUUUUCUGUUUCUCUGACUGGUGCACUAGCCAGAAAGAGUGCAGGAUUUUUUUUUUUGCAUUGUCUGUUUUGAUUUCAUUUACUUCUUGGUAGAUGUCAGGAACUGAUUACUAUUGAAAGCUGACAUGUUAGGCAUCAUAAUAUGCAAAAACAUACAUCAGCUAGUUGAAUGGCACCAAGGAAAAUUAGAUUUAAGAGACAAAAUUUGUUCUACUUGUUUGGGCACUAUGGCAGCUAGAGAAAUAGUUUUCUGUAUAUAUGAGAGAGUGUAACACAAGAUAUCACUCUCUCAAGAUGAGGACUGAAAAUUUGAUGAAAAUUUACCCCUCAGAUUACUUGUGUUUGUUUAAGAAGUGUGCAUUGCCACCUCUGAUGUUGCAAGGUGACCAGUAGGUGCAGAUAGGAAGCCAUCAAGCUAUAUAUAUGGGUAUUUUUGUGUUGAUACUUGCAAAUUGAGUAUAACUUACGACAUUGUAACAGCCACUAGUAACCAAUACAGUAGUUAUGUUAUAUCUUUUGAAGCAGGGAUGUAUUUCUAAUGUUAUAAUAUGAUUCGCAAGCUUCUCAAAAGUUAUAUGGAAUUUUUUUUUUUAAUUGUAGAAAUGUUUGAUAGUCUAUUUAUUAUUUGCUUCAGUUUUGUUAAUAUCCACUCUAUGUUCACAUGCCUGAAGUGAUACAGGAACAGGAACCAUCUUUCUUACAAUAUGCAACAGUAUAUUGUACUGGCACUGCUUUCUAUAAAACACACCAAGAGUUAAAACAAUUCAAAAGCUGUUUCUUAUUAUUAGAGUAAUGAGGGCUGAAAUGAGGAUGACAUGUUAUUUAAACCUAAGUUCUAAAUUUCCUGUAAUUUCAUUGAGAGAAAAUAAAUAUUAGCUUUGAAAUUAUA